CCUGUAUUUCUUAAAGAAAAUAAAAUAAAUAACGACCUUUUUUCGCGGGAACUCCUUCUGUGCCUCUCACUUGCCUUGCCGACACUUUCUUCUCCCGAUUUUUUAUUUUGUUUCUUUAUAUAAGUUAACCCAUUUUGCUUCACUGAUCUUCAUCGUCGCCACAGCACCCUUGUUUUUAAUUUUUAAUUAGUUUCUUAAUCUCUUUGAAUUUUUUGUUUUUUGUGCGAAUACUGGAGAUUGAAACGUGUUGCAUGUAGUAGGUAGCUGCUGAAGUUUGAUUUUGUCUUGUUCUGUUUAUCUUGUCAUGUUUGAUUCAACACUUUUUUCGUAAUAUUUUAAUUUUUUCAAUUUGUAGUGGGUAUUGAACGAACUUUGUUUUAUUUCAAGUAAGAACAUUUAACUUUUUUUUUGGGUCUUUUAGUAUUUGGAAUAAGGAUGUUUUAGGGAAAAUGGAAAUCUAUUAAUGGGUGUCAGUAAUGGUCACCAAAUUGUGGCCUCACUUGCCCAGUUAGGCAAUGGUGGAUUGGUGGGGAACUGAAUUUCUUAUCCUAGGUUUCAGUAAUACAGGUGGGUUAUGAUGGGGAGAGAUUGAAAUGGUAAUUUUUAGGGCAAAAAUGGUGGCUGAGGGGGAAGCUGAUUUUGUUGAGCAUGAGAAGAAGCAUGUCUUGGUCGGGGUUCGAAUUGAUGACCAGAGCCAAGAGCUGAUCAGCUGGGCUCUUGUCAAAGUUGCUGAACCUGGAGAUUCUGUGACUGCAGUUCAUGUUUGUCGUAGUUCCGUUCAUGCUUUGAAACACAAACCAUUGUUGGAUAGCUAUCUGGAAACAUAUAAAGGCCUAUGUUCUCUGAAAAAGGUUGAGCUCACAGGUCAUGUCUUGACAGGAAGAUGUACUGGGAAGGUAUUGGUUAGAGAGGCAAAGAAAAACUCUGCUGUGGCUCUAGUUUUGGGGAUGAGCAAGCAAAGUGUUCUCUGGUGCUGUAAAGCGAAGUAUUGUGCUAAACGAUUGCCUCCAACUACCAAUGUUUUGGCCAUCCAUAAUGGGAAAAUAGCCUUCAGAAGGUGCAACAAUAAUCAACUAACAGGACUAGAAGGAGAUCCUAAACCCAGUCUUAUUUCAUGUGAAAUUUCCAGUGCCAAAGCAAGCCUAUCUGAAUUUGAUGAUUCUGAGGUGGAGACUGAAGUAUCUAGUUUUAGUUUUGACACGGUCGAAAACUCCGUAGUUGAAAGAAGAAAUGGUAGUGGAGACUCAAACGAUGAGAUCUCAAAUCUUGUAAUUGAACCUAAGAAAGUCACUUUGAGAUCGACUUCUCUAUUUGCUGAAUACAUCUUAGACCAGCAGCCUGGUUGGCCUCUGCUUCUGAGAGUAAGUUCAAAGUGUCACGCAAGAAAAUUGUCCGUGGUUCAUUGGGCUAAGAGCCUACCUGAUCGUUCCCCGCAGCAAACCCCUCAACGCUUGCCUUUGCAAAGAAUUUCAUUAGAAAGCGUGGGAAGGGGCAAUGUUACUGAGAGUAUUAGCUUUAUCCCAUCUCCAUUAAUUGAGUUGCAGAAUGACUUGGAGAGUAUCUUGAAAACGAACUCAUCUGAUUGCAAAUGGUUUAGUUAUGAAGUCCUAAGAGCUGCAACUUGUCAGUUCUCUUUAGGAAACCUUAUUGCAAAAGGAGGAUGUAAUCGUGUAUACAAGGGCGUACUACCUGAUGGCAAGCCAGUGGCAGUAAAGAUUUUGAAGUCAUCAAAAGAAGCCUUAAAGGAAUUUGCUCAUGAAGUUAAAAUCAUCUCCUCUUUGAAGCACAAACACAUCGCACCUCUUCUCGGGCUCUGCAUUGAAAAUAAUCAUCUCCUUUCUGUUUACAGUUUCUUGUCCGAAGGUAGCUUAGAAGAAAAAUUGCAUGGUAACAAAAAAGAUAAAUCAGUACUUUCAUGGGAAGUGAGAUUUAAUGUAGCUGUUAAAAUGGCUGAAGCCCUAAGUUACCUACAUAUCGAAUGUUCUCGGCCUGUAAUUCAUAGAGACGUCAAGUCUUCAAACAUUCUUCUGUCAGAUGCGCUUGAACCUCAGCUAUCAGAUUUUGGAUUGGCAAUAUGGGGACCAACAUCUUCAUCUUUCAUCACGCAAGGAGACGUAGUGGGAACAUUUGGUUAUCUUGCUCCUGAAUACUUCAUGUAUGGAAAAGUCAGCGACAAGAUCGAUGUUUAUGCUUUUGGGGUAGUUCUACUUGAACUGUUAUCAGGAAGAGAACCGAUUAGUUCCAGGACUUCCAAGGGCCAGGAGAGCUUGGUCAUGUGGGCAAAGCCAAUGUUAGAGCGUGGCGAUGUGAGAGGUAUACUUGAUACAAAUUUGGAUGGAAAAGUCGACGAGACACAACUGCAGAGAAUGCUUCUUGCCGCAACACGCUGCAUCACACGAUCAGCUAGGCUGCGUCCUAAAAUGAACGAGAUACUUACGCUAUUAAGUGGGGAGAAAGAUGGAGAAAACCCCGAAAAUGAGGAUCAGCAAGAAAACCAAGAAGACAAUGAUGAUGAAGUAUACCCAAAUUCAAGUGCAGAAUUGCAUUUGAGUCUAGCACUGCUUGAUGUUGAUGACGAUUCAUCGUUUAGCAGUCUAGAACAGAGCAAUAAUCAUUCUUUCGAAGAGUAUGUGAAAGCAAGGUGCAGCAGAUCGUCGAGCUUCAACAUCAACUAGUUCUCUCUUGCAGUCUCCUGAAAACUUCUCCUCCCAAUGCCAAGUAUUCCAUAAAACUUGAAUUGUGCUGUUGCUUAUACCUUUACAGUUUAGUCCAUGAGUUUGAGUUUGUGAGAAUAGACAAGUAGAAGUGGCAUGUAAAAGGUGACAUCAGGGAAGGAUGAUAGAUGAACUUUAUCUGCUAAUAAGACAUCCCCAUGUCACAAUUCACUUUCUUUAA